UUCUUCUUUUUUUGGUAGGAAUUACAAUGGUUGACACCGAAAUGCCAUUUUGGCCAAUGAAUUUUGGAAUUAACUCAGUGGAUCUCUCUGCAAUGGAUGAUCACUCACAUUCCUUCGAUAUAAAGCCAUUUACAACCGUUGAUUUUUCUAGCAUUUCUUCACCACAUUAUGAAGAUAUUCCUCUUGCAAGAACUGACCAGACAGUCCUUGAUUACAAAUAUGACAUCAAGCUUCAGGAGUGUCAAAGUGCAAUCAAAAUGGAGCCUCCUUCUCCACCUUAUUUUUCAGAAAAAGUCCAGUUGUACAAUAAACCUCAUGAAGAAUCUUCUAAUUCCCUUAUGACUAUAGAAUGUAGAGUGUGUGGAGACAAGGCUUCUGGGUUUCAUUAUGGUGUACAUGCAUGUGAAGGCUGUAAGGGUUUCUUUCGAAGAACAAUCAGAUUAAAGCUGAUUUAUGACAGAUGUGAUCUUAAUUGUCGCAUUCAUAAGAAAAGCAGAAAUAAAUGUCAGUACUGCAGAUUCCAGAAGUGCCUUGCAGUUGGCAUGUCACAUAAUGCUAUCAGGUUUGGGCGAAUGCCACAAGCUGAGAAGGAGAAGCUCUUGGCGGAGAUUUCCAGUGACAUCGACCAGCUAAACCCUGAAUCUGCUGACCUGCGAGCCCUCGCCAAGCAUUUGUAUGACUCAUACAUAAAGUCCUUCCCUCUGACCAAAGCCAAGGCGAGGGCAAUCUUGACAGGAAAGACAACAGACAAAUCACCAUUUGUUAUUUAUGACAUGAAUUCUUUAAUGAUGGGAGAAGAUCAGAUCAAAUGCAAACAUGUGUCACCCCUUCAAGAACAGAACAAAGAGGUAGCAAUUCGCAUCUUCCAGAGGUGUCAGUUUCGCUCUGUAGAGGCAGUGCAAGAAAUCACAGAAUUUGCCAAGAAUAUUCCAGGCUUUGUGAACCUCGAUCUGAAUGACCAAGUAACUCUGCUGAAGUAUGGUGUCCAUGAGAUUAUAUAUACACUUCUGGCUUCUCUGAUGAAUAAAGAUGGGGUUCUUAUAUCUGAUGGACAAGGAUUCAUGACACGGGAGUUUCUGAAGAGUUUGAGAAAACCUUUUUGUGACUUUAUGGAGCCCAAGUUUGAGUUUGCUGUGAAGUUUAAUGCACUGGAAUUAGAUGACAGUGACCUGGCAAUAUUUAUAGCAGUCAUUAUACUCAGUGGUGAUCGUCCUGGUUUGUUGAAUGUGAAACCCAUUGAAGAUAUACAAGAUAAUUUGUUGCAAGCUUUGGAGCUCCAGUUAAAACUGAAUCACCCAGAGUCAUCACAGCUGUUUGCAAAGUUGCUACAGAAAAUGACGGACCUCAGACAGAUUGUAACAGAACAUGUGCAGCUAUUGCAAAUAAUAAAGAAAACGGAGACAGAUAUGAGUCUUCAUCCACUCCUACAAGAAAUCUACAAAGACUUGUAUUAGUGACCCCAAUCAUUCUAAUCCACUGACAUAAUGUACGUUCUUCAAAUUGCACUAUUUCUUUGAGAGACCAUUACAUAUCUAAGAAAUUACUGUGAAACAGCAUUUUAAAAAGAGAGCUUUAGUAUAGUAGAUCUAUUUUAUGCAUAUUGUUUAUAAAGAUACAUUUACAAUAUACUUUUAAUAUUAAAAUGUCUAUAUCAUGAAAUUGUUGACAGUAUUUUCAGACUUAAUUUUUAACUAUCUUAUUUCUACAAGAAAAUUGUUUGUCCAAUAUGAUUAAAACAUCAGUGAAGCUGGUUAAACAUGCAGUUAAGUUUUCAACUUAAAAUAAAAGUCUUUUUCCACAAACAUUUCUUAAGGGAACAUUUAAGAUAUCUGGUUCUGUAUGAUUGCAAUCUAAAGUCAGCAACAACAGCAGUGAUUGAACCGUAGGUUACUGCAGUGUUUUUACUUCAAACUUAAGUUAGGCUUGUUGGUCCUGAUUACAUUUGUGCCCAUUUUAAAACCCCUUUAUACUGCCAGAGCUGAGCAAAGAGGGUUAGUAUGAAUGUGAAUCUGGCUCAGCCUUCAUAAGUAAAACCAAAAGGGACAAAGUGAAUUCAGGAAAUUAUGUACUGUUUAUCAUAUUUAGGAAAAGGGAGCCUUUGCAAUUAACUCAUGCCAAGACGUUUCCACAGUAUAUGAGAUACCUACCUCAUCAUUGAACAACAUAUUCAUCCCAAAAUGCCACCUUAAAUAGAAACAAGGUGAAUUUCAUAAAA